CUGAUAGUAUUCCCGCUCGUUCCAAAAAUUUCAAUUCGAUUUGAAAUCGUGUGUGUGAGAGAGAGAGAGAGAGAGAGAAAGAGUCUGUGAAAAGCAAAGGCAGCCGAAGACUGUGGAUGGCUCCGUCGUUUGAGUUUCCCCAAACCCUGAGAGGCUUGGAAGACGACGCCCAAGACAACAACCGGCUCUACGCUCGGAACCCAAUCGACGUCGCUUCUCUUCCUCCCUCCCAACUCGAUGAGUUCGUCAAAGGCAUUUCAUUUGAUCUCUCCGAUAAAGAGCUAUUUUGUAUAGAAGAGCAACAUGUGUUUGAUUGUGUCUACUCGCUGGUUCGAGGUUUCAUGGGUUUACCUUGGACUUGUAAACUUAAUCUUGUCGAAAGUCUUCGGUCCAAUUUCAUUCUCCUCCCAAAUGUUGAUUCACUCUCACGGGCUUCUCAAGGCCAGGAUGAUGAUGAUGAUGAUGCCACCUUGGUGCUUGAUCGCCUUGCUUCAUAUCGUAAUGCUUUCAAAAUCUACACGUUCUUUCUCUUUACUCUUGUUCUCAUUGAGGAGGUUAGUAUCACUUCCAACAACAAUGCCAAGGUGACAGCUAGUACCAGGAAGAAGCAGCACCCUAAGAGUUCACGGAACUGGGAGCCACAGAGGGGCCGUAUACUUAAUCUGAUUGCUAAUUCAUUGGAGGUUAAGCUCACGUUGCUCUUUGGUCCAACUGGCCUAGAAGAAAGUUAUGUUUCUUUUAUUGCCAAAAAUGCAUUUUCUUUGUUUGAGAAGGCUACAGUAUUGAAAGACUAUGAUACAAAGGAUGCUCUGUGUCGUAUAAUCGGCGCAUGUGCUACAAAAUACCAGUAUAUGGCACAAUCAUGUGCAUCGAUCAUGCACCUGGUUCACAAAUAUGAUUUUGUUGUUACCCACAUUGCUGAUGCUGUUGCUGGUGCUGAGAAGAAGUAUGCAGAUGGAAGUCUAGCUAAUUCUCUUAUCAGAGAGAUUGGGAGGACAAAUCCAAAAGAUUACAUCAAGGAUGCAGUUGGGGCUGAAAAUGUUGGUCGCCUUUUGGUGGAGCUUUCUGAUCGGGUACCAAAAUUGAUGUCUGUAAACAUUGGCCUUCUUGUUCCACAUUUUGGUGGGGAAUCUUAUAAAAUAAGGAAUGCUCUUGUUGGGGUCAUGGGGAAGUUGGUUGCAAAGGCUUUUAAGGAUGUUGAGGGUGAAGUGAAUUCUAAAUCUGUUCGUCUUCGAACUAAGCAGGCCAUGUUGGAAAUUUUGCUUGAGCGGUGUCGAGAUGUAUCAGCUUAUACCCGGAGUCGGGUUCUUCAAAUUUGGGCUGAACUAUGUGAAGACCAUUGUGUUUCAAUUGGGUUGUGGAAUGAACUUGCUGAAGUUGCCGCUGGGAGGUUAGAGGAUAAGAGUGCAAUGGUCAGAAAAUCAGCACUAAAUCUACUUGUCAUGAUGUUGCAGCAUAACCCAUUUGGCCCACAACUUCGAAUAGCUUCAUUUGAAGCAACCCUACAGCAGUACAAGAAGAAGCUGAAAGUGCUUGAACCAGAUACUUCCUCAGAAAGUCAUAUGAACAGCUUACCACCUUUCAUUAAUGAAUUGGGGAAUAGUGAGGUUGUUGAUGUAACUGCAGGGUUAACUAAGGUGCAGCAGGAAAGCUUACCUGAUAGUUGCUUGCCUCAGAUGGAAGAAGAUCCAAUUCAAAAGGACGGGUGUGUCCCAGAUGUUGGGAAUUUAGAACAGACCAGGGCCUUGGUAGCUUCGCUUCAGGCUGGAUUAAGAUUUUCAAAGAGUAUAUCUGCCACAAUUCCAACACUUGCUCAAUUGAUGUCAUCAUCUUCUGCUACUGAUGUUGAAAACACUAUAAAUUUUUUAAUGAGAUGCCGGCAGUUUCAAAUUGAUGGCUCAGAAGAAUGUCUCCGUAAGAUGUUGCCACUGGUAUUUUCUCAGGACAAAUCCAUCUAUGAAGCUGUGGAAACUGCCUUCAUUACUAUUUACAUAAAGAAAAAUCCCGUAGAAGCGGCCAAGAAUCUUAUAAAUCUUGCCAUAGAAUCAAAUAUUGGAGAUCUAGCUGCUCUUGAGUAUAUAGUUGGUGCCUUGGUCUCCAAAGGCAACAUAUCCAGUGCUGCGAUAUCAGCGUUAUGGGAUUUCUUUUGCUUCAACAUAAGUGGAACUACUGCUGUUCAAAGUUGUGGGGCAUUGUCUAUCCUUUGCAUGGCCUCAAAAUCAUCCUCUGCUGUUCUUAGCUCUCAUUUACAGGAUGUUAUUGAUAUUGGGUUUGGCCAAUGGGCGAAAAUUGAACCGUUGCUUUCCAGGACAGCUUGCGUUGCUCUUCAGAGAUUAUCUGAAGUUGAUAAGAAAAAGUUGUUAUCUAGUAAUGGAAGCCGAGUUUUUGGUAUUUUAGAAAGCUUAGUUACUGGUUUUUGGCUUCCAGAAAACAUAUGGUAUGCCGCUGCUGACAAAGCUGUAGCUGCUGUAUAUAAAAUUCAUCCAACACCAGAAACUUUUGCUGCCAAUAUAGUAAAGAAGUCCCUAAGAUCUGUGUUUGAUUGUAGUGGAGUUGAGGAGUUGCAGAAUGAAAUCGGCAGUGGUAGUGUUGGAAUACUUACUACUGUUCAGGUGGAAGGGCUUAGUAGAUAUAUCUUUGUCGUAGGUCAUGUUGCCAUGAACCAGCUGCUGUAUAUUGAAUCCUGUCUGAGGAAGGUUCAGAAACAGAAAGUUGGCAAAGAGAAGAUGAAUUAUGAUUUUCAGCAAGGUACUGGUGGAAUGCCGGCUGAUAGCUCAAAGGAAAUUGGUAUAAAUGCUGAGCUUGGCCUUACCGCCUCAGAAGAUGCAAUACUUGAUACUCUCUCUGACAAAGCGGAAAAAGAAAUAGUUUGUGGUAAUUCUGUGGAGAAGAAUUUGAUUGGCCAUUGUGCACCCUUUUUGUCAAAACUUUGUAGGAACUUCAGUCUGAUGCAAAAGUAUCCGGAACUACAAGUAUCUGCAAUGCUUGCUUUAUGUCGUUUUAUGAUCAUUGAUGCAAGUUUCUGUGAGACAAAUCUUCAGCUACUGUUCACGGUUGCAGAGAGUGCAAAAUCAGAAGUUGUCCGUUCCAAUUGCACUAUUUGUCUUGGAGAUUUGGCAGUUCGGUUCCCUAAUUUGUUAGAACCAUGGACAGAAAAUAUGUAUUCCAGGUUACAGGAUCCUUCAGUUUCUGUUAGGAAGAAUGCUGUUUUGGUGCUUUCACACCUCAUAUUAAAUGACAUGAUGAAGGUUAAAGGUUACAUAAACGAAAUGGCCAUAAGAUUAGAGGAUGAAGAUGAGAGGAUUUCAAAUCUAGCUAAACUAUUCUUUAAUGAACUAUCCAAAAAAGGGAGCAAUCCAAUAUAUAAUCUACUUCCGGAUGUACUUGGGAAAUUAUCGAACCAGAAUCUGAAGAGAGAAUCUUUCUGCAAUAUCAUGCAGUUUUUGAUUGGUUCUAUCAAGAAGGACAAACAAAUGGAGUCUCUUGUUGAAAAGCUUUGUAAUAGAUUCACCGGAGUUGCAGAUAUCAGACAAUGGGAAUAUAUUUCUUAUUGCCUCUCUCAGCUGGCGUUCACUGAAAAGGGAAUAAAGAAGCUUAUGGAGUCUUUCAAGACAUAUGAUCACGUCCUCUCAGAGGAUACUGUGAUGAACCAUUUUAAGUCCAUAACAAACAAGGGCAAGAAGUUCGCAAAACCUGAACUUAAACAGUGCAUUGAGGAGUUUGAGGAGAAGCUGAGUAAGUUCCACUUGGAAAAGAAAGAACAAGAAGUAACAGCAAGGAAUGCCCAAAUUCACCAACAGAAGACUGACAGCAUGGGAGAGUUUGUGGUUACGAGGAAUGCUGCCGGGGCCAUUAUAGACUCAGAUAUUGAUGAAGGAACAGAUGGUGAAGUCAUUGAUCCAUGUACUGAAGGGAUGACCGAGGCUGUGAAUGAACUGUCAAAAACUAGACGUGUUGAGUCAGAUGAACAUUCUUUUGCUUCUAGUGAGAUGACAGAGUCAGACCCGGAUGACACUGAAAUUCAGUCGCCAAAUGUUAGCUUGAGGGCUGGAUCUAAGACUAGCAGCAUGGAAGAUAAAGGCAGUCAUGUGUCUGCAUCAUCUUGAAGAAUUAUAAGGUCAAAUGAAAGGUAUAAUCAAUCAAAAUGAAGUGGUUCAGAUUAAUGAUCUCUGACUAGGAGUCUCGUUUUGCAGUAGAGUUACUGCUAUUUGCCGUCAUCACUGUUACAAUUGAAGAGAAGCCAGAUAUCGUAUUGGACUAUUGGUGUUAAACAUGACUUCUCUAUGACCCAACUAUGCUUGCAUUACUGUGUGUGUCUAUAUAUAUAUAAGCAUGCUAUUAUUGUUUAGUAAGUAAGUACCUGCAAUCUAUUCUGAAGAGAACAGAGUUUAUUUUCUGUGUCUAUUAAAGAACCUAAAUGAACUUGGGCAUGAUUUAUAACGGAAAUUACAAAAUCUAGACAGGAAAGAA